CCCGGAUGUAGCCCCGGCGCGAGCAGCUCCCCUUCCCUUGCCGGGCGGCCCAGGGUCCUUAGCCUGGCUCUGUGCGCACCUGGCAGUGCUGCGCUGAGGGCCCUCUCGCGGCGAGUGUCCUCUCGCCAGUCCCCUCUGCUGUUUGGGGAAGACCCUCUGUGCAGCCAUGCCGAAGCGGAAAGUGACCUUCCAGGGCGUGGGAGACGAGGAGGAUGAGGAGGAGAUCGGUGCUCCCAAGAAGAAGCUAGUGGACCCUGUGGCUGGGGCAGGAGGCCCUGGGAGCCGCUUCAAAGGCAAACACUCUUUGGACAGCGAUGAGGAGGAUGAUGAUGAUGAGGGGUCCAGCAAAUACGACAUCCUGGCCUCAGAGGAUGUGGAAGGUCAGGAAGCAGCCACCCUCCCCAGUGAGGGCGGCGUGCGCAUCACACCCUUCAACCUUCAGGAGGAGAUGGAGGAGGGCCACUUUGAUGCCGACGGCAACUACUUCCUGAACCGGGAGGCUCGGGUCCGAGACAGCUGGCUGGACGACAUUGACUGGGUGAAGAUCAGGGAGCGGCCACCUGGUCAGCGCUCACCGUCAGACUCCGAGGAGGAGGACAGCCCGGGCCAGACACCAAUGAGUCCCCAAGCCCUCCUGGAGGGCCUUCUGGAGCUCCUGCUGCCAAGAGAGACGGUGGCUGGGGCGCUGAGGCGUCUGGGGGCCAGAGGAGGAGGCAAAGGAGGUAGCAAGGGGCCUGGGCGGCCCAGUUCCCCCCAGCGCUUGGACCGGCUGUGCAGUUUGGCCGACCAGAUGGUGGCUCGAGGCAACCUUGGUGUUUAUCAGGAGACGAGAGAACGCUUGGCCAUGCAGUUGAAGGGGUUGGGGUGCCGGACCCAGGGACCCCCUGACCCCACGCCCCAGCCUUCUCUGGACAUGUUUGCUGAGGAAGUAGCAGAAGGGGAGCUGGAGACCCCAACCCCUGUCCAGAGAGGAGAACCAGAGUCCCCAGGAGACGGCCUGCUGGAUGUGAUGUGGGAAUAUAAGUGGGAGAACACAGGCGAUGCUGAGCUCUACGGGCCCUUCUCCAGCAGCCAGAUGCAGCUCUGCCCUCUCUUCCUGCAGACGUGGGUGAAUGAAGGCUACUUCCCUGACGGUGUUUAUUGCCGGAAGCUGGACCCCCCUGGUGGACAGUUCUACAACUCAAAACGUAUUGACUUUGACCUCUACACCUGAGCCUUCUGAGGGCCAGUUUAGUGGCUCUUUCUUUCCUGGACUCUCUGGAGGAGGCCCCAGUUGCCUCAGGCAGUGAGGAUAUUGGGGGCCACUUUUCAGUCGAUUUCCUUUCCCAAUAAAAGUCUGUAGUUGUGUAUUAGGCCCUUGACUGUCCUGAUGGCCAGAAGCCAGGGACCUCCACAGCCCCUUUGGAUUUGCCUCUGUCCUUGAGUGUUUCCUCAUGAAGUUUCUCUUUGAGAGUUUCUGGCUUUUGUUUACCACUCCUAGGGGCAGAGCCAGGGCUGUCGGGUGUCCUGUGGCCUCCCCACCUGGACUCUGCUCACCAUCUGAAAACCCCUUCACUCCCAUGGCAUUCUCCAGUGUGGGAGUUCCUGUUUCGCUGUUCUUAGGUCGUUGGCUGUUAGGACCCGAGUCUCCGUCCUUGCAGCUAGAAUAGGAUAGAGCCCCGGAAGUGGAGGUUUCAGGCCGUGAAGGGCUCGGAUAUCUGUUGGGUGUGAGCAGGAAGCCUGUAUUGACCGGCUUCCACUGUCUCAAGCUCCUUAGGUGAAGCGCAGACUCAGCAUCGGCACUUGAAGGACCCUUCAGCUGUCCAUUGAACAAGCGCUGAGAGGGGCGGUGCCUCACUGGAGGUUACACAGCAAAUCAGGCUUGGCACAGACCCAAGGGGCUCCUUUCCCAGACCUUUCUUGGUACCAGGUCUUUUCUGCCUGGCAUUUGAGACCCUGGGCUCCCACAGUGUGCCUGGCACAGGGCUAGUGCCCUGAGGGGACUAAGAUAACUGAGCUGGUCCCCUCCCAGGAAUUCAGAGCUAGGGGGUGAGGGAGCGGGUGGAAUUAUACCACGUCUCAGGUAUAAUUCUAUAGUGAGACCUGAACAUCCCCGCCCCCCUCAUCCCUUUAGUGCUGCCUUAGUCUCCUCACUUGCACCGAGUGAGGUUGAUUCCUCCCCUUUUCACCUUGGCUGGCCAUUGGGAUCUCAUGGGGAGCUGUAAAAUUACUUCUCAGAGAAUUGAGUGAGUUGAUCUAGGUCUGGUUCUCAACCUUGGCUGCACAUUAGAAUCACCUGGGAAUCUUUUAAAAAUCCUGAUGAGGCCCAGAAAUCAGAGUUUAAAAAGAUUCCCAGGUGAUUCUAAUGUGCAGCCAAAGUUGAGCACCACUCAUCUAGGUAAUGGCCUGGAGGCUGGGUCUUUUCAAGGUGCGGCCAGGUGAACGGCCUGACUCCCAAGACAGGGGACACCUGGGGCGGGAUCGGUCCCUGGACCUGCUGUGGGACUCGCUGAGCAUGUGUGUGGCCAGGGCUCUGGUGGAGUUCGUUAGUUGCUGGAGAGCUGAGCACCAGAGCCAUGGGACACCUGGGGGGUGGGAGGGGCCAGGCCAGAACCAGGGGACACCUGAUGUUCUAGUGAGGCCUACAAUUUCUGUAAUCAUCACACCCACUCUAGUGCUAAGCCAGACCUGUUUUCAUUGACUCCAAGGUGCCUUUGGCUGUAAAAUGGUUUACUUCGUGUCAUUAAAAAAGGAGACCCUACCCAUUGCAGUUGUAAGAUGUCAUCGAUUAGAAAGUGCAUCGUGAUUUCAGAAAUGUUCAGGCGUGAAGAGAGGUCCCUUAGGACCAGUGAAGUGCAGCGCUCACCUUUAUGUCCCGGUGACUAACUCAUGGCGGUGCUUGGUGUUUGGUGACUAGAUGGAAGGAAGCCGAGGGACAACUCCCCUGGAUGUCCCACGGGCCCCUUAGGCUCCACCUGCUCAGCUCACCUCCCUUCCCCUCACUGCCUGUUCCUUUGUUCACCUCCCUGAUGCCCCCCCGUGUGGGCAGGAUAAUUGCCCCCAAAGAUGUCCACAUCCUCAGUCCCAGAACCUGUGCAUAUGUGACCUUACAUAGCAAAAGGGACUUUGCAGAAAUGGUUGACUUUGAGACGAGAUUAUCGUGGAUAAUUGAGAUGGGCCCAGUGUAAUGGAGGGUCCUAUGAAGGGAAAGGGCGGCAGGAGGGCCAUAGUGAGGGAGGAGAAGCUGUUACUCUGCUGCCGACUUUGAAGAUGGAAGGGCCGUGUGUCAGGAAUGCAGUGGCCUGUAGAAGCUGGAAAAGGCAGGAAAACAAAGAAAUGCAGCUCUAUUGACAGGAGUUAGCCCAGUGAAAAUAAUUUUAGAUUUCUGACCGCUAGACCUCUAAGAGAAUAAAAUGUGUUGUUUUAA